GAUUGGGUGGGUCCUGCUUUCUGGAAGUGACGUAUACUAACAGCUUCCUAUCUCACAACUGGGCUUCACACCUGACAAGCAUUACUGUUUUUGAAAUUUUGAAUGGAGCCGACUGUUGCUGUAUCGGAGGCGCUCCGGGGCCCUGGAGAAGUGGAUGGGGAUCGAUUGGGGCGACUCCCGGAAAGGCUGCAGAAAAGGGAACAGGAGCGGAUUCGAGAAACUGAGCGGCGGCGGGAAGAGAAGGAGAGUCAGGCUGUGCUGGAGGAGAAGAGCGGAUACUUCAGUGCUGGUUUUGAGCCUGAGAGAGCGGCGCUGGAAGAGCAGCUCUCAGCUACUGAUUCUGUUUGCGAACCCCGAGUGUUAGAGGAGAUCACCGGCCGCCUGCAGCAGCUCCAGAAGUUACUUAAUGACAGUAUGAGGUUCCUGUCGCCCUAUGAUAUCCGCAAGGCUCAGGAGGCGCUCACUCGACUCCAGGCAGUGCUGGAUGAGAAGAGGAAACUGCAGCAGCCUAAAAAAUUCGCUUUCAAGUCCCGUAAAAAAGAACCUACGGCUGGACCAGCACCACAGCCACCUCCCGACCAACAAACAGUACCCGCAAAGGUCCCAGACCCGGAGCCCUCAAGCUGUGGCUUCCAGGACCUCACCUCUCAGGUCUUGUUUAUGGAACCUGCUGAGAUCCAACAAAGGGACCUGUUGCUGUGUCAGCUGCGUGACUGCACCGUCACUCUGCGGGGUAGCCCAGCCACUCUACACUUGAGGGGCCUGCACGGUUGUAGGGUACUUUGUGGCCCCGUGUCCUCUUCUGUAUUUGUAGAUGGCUGCACAGAUUGUAUCUUUACCUUCCCCUGCCAGCAACUGCGCACCCACAGCACCUCCAAUACCCGCUUUUACCUGCAUGUCACCAGUAGGGCUAUUAUUGAGGACUGCAGUGGACUUUACUUCGCACCUUUCAAUUGGACCUAUGAUGGUAUCCUACAGGACUAUAAAGUGUCUGGCCUGGACAUAACCAGGAAUAACUGGAAUCAAGUUGAUGACUUUAACUGGCUUGCAAGUGAUGCUAGCUCCCCAAACUGGUGUGUAAUUCCAGAAGAUAGUAGAAUAGCACAAUGGAAUUGAUGCUGUACAAAGCAGCUCUAAUAUUAUCUAUUAUUUACUAUAGAGAAGCCUUAAUGUUUGGCAGGAAUUAAAGUAUAUGAGGUUACUGAUCACUAAUGUAACAAUAUAUAUAAUAAAAGCUGUUGAAAAUCUA